CUAUCUUUUCUUUUUGGCACUCCAAAAUUCUGUUUUCUCUUCCAUUCUCCACUCUCCAGCUUCCAGCAAAUCUAUAAUCCCCAAAAUGCCCUCGUCUCUGCAACUACAAUCCCCUACUUUCAGAGCUCUCCAUCUCCAUCGUCUUCCAGUGUCUUCGUUUUGGGGCAGUGAUCUCUGCUCCUACAACACUGGAGGAGUAGGAGUAGCUCUCAACCUCGAUGCUGCUGCUGCUGCUCCUGCUAAACGCAACAACAUGAAGAAGAAAAAGAACCUUCUUUGCUCCAAUGGCAGAACCUUUAGGGUUUUCGCAAUGUCCAACGCCUCCCCUCCUCCUCCGUUCAAGAUGAACCUCAACGAAUACAUGGUCACUCUAGAGAAGCCACUCGGUAUCCGAUUCGCUCUCUCCCUCCACGGCAAAGUCUUCGUUCAUGCUCUCAAGAAAGGGAGUAAUGCAGAGAAGUCAAGGAUAAUCAUGGUGGGUGAUACUUUGAAAAAGGCAGGGGAUUCAUCUGGGGGCAGGCUUAUUGAGAUCAAGGACGUUACUGAUACACGGAAGAUGCUGAAAGAGUUAUCAGGACCUUUUAGCCUGAUCCUUGAGAGGCCCUUCUCUCCAUUUCCAAUCCACCAACUGCAUCUUAUGAGUGAUCUUGAUGUACUAUUUAAUAGAGGUCGGGUUUCUGUUGCCAGCUGGAAUAAGAGUAUAUUGGCAUCAAAUUUUCAAACAUCUUCUGAAAGUACUGGGAAUUCUGGGUUUGUCAUGUUUUCCUCUAAGUUUCUAACAUCCCAUGGAUGGAAACUUUUGAAUGAUCAAAAUGGACUUGCACAACCCAUGAGUGAACUUGUUUGUAUUUUUUCUGAGGAAGAGUCUGGAGAUGGAGAAUGGGCUCAUGGGAACUUCCCACUUGAGGAAUAUGUUAAGGCACUGGAUCGUUCUAAAGGGGAGCUAUACUAUAAUCACUCCCUUGGCAUGCACUAUAGUAAGAUUACAGAGCAGAUAUAUGUGGGUUCAUGCAUUCAAACAGAAGCUGAGGUGGAGACUUUGUCAAAUGUUGCUGGAGUGACUGCUGUUCUAAAUUUCCAAAGUGGAGUUGAAGCAGAAAAUUGGGGAAUCAAUUCUAAAUCAAUCAACGAAUCAUGCCAAAGAUCUAAUAUUCUCAUGAUCAACUAUCCUAUAAGGGAAGGAGACUCUUUUGAUAUGAGGAAGAAGUUACCAUUUUGCGUGGGACUUCUACUACGCUUGUUGAAAAAGAACCAUCGUGUUUUUGUUACUUGUACUACUGGUUUUGAUCGAUCUCCAGCUUGUGUGAUUGCAUACCUGCAUUGGAUGACAGAUACUUCCCUUCAUGCAGCUUAUAAUUUUGUCACUGGGUUACAUACUUGCAGGCCUGACAGACCGGCAAUUGCUUGGGCAACAUGGGAUCUUAUAGCUAUGGUAGAAAAAGGUGAACAUGAUGGUCCUGGAACCCAUGCUGUGACGUUCAUAUGGAAUGGGCAAGAGGGAGAGGAUGUAAAUUUGGUAGGUGAUUUUACUGGAAAUUGGAAAGAACCAAUUAAAGCAAUCCACAAGGGUGGAUCUAGAUAUGAAGUUGAAGUUAGACUCUCACAAGGAAAGUACUACUACAAGUUUAUCAUUAAUGGGCAAUGGAGACAUUCAACUUCUUCACCUGCAGAAAGGGAUGGAAGUGGCAAUCUUAACAAUGUAAUUGUGAUUGGUGAUAUUGCGAGCGUCUGGCCUUCUGUUCAACAACAAAAGAAGGAUGUGAAUGUUGUGAGGGUGAUUGAGAGGCCUCUGACAGAAAAUGAACGGUUUAUGCUGGCCAAAGCAGCUCGGUGUGUUGCAUUCUCCAUUUGUCCAAUCAGACUAGCUCCCAAGUAGUUGGGCAUACAGUACCCUAGGCAGCGGUAUGGCUGUUAAAUUCUCUGAUACUGUGGCGUUACUACCAGCCCUUUUUGAGACAUUAAUUACCACUUAGUGGUUCUACAUUCUCUCGUCAUCCUCUUUUUGACUUGAGUUCUCAAGGUAUUCUCUUUCAGACUUGAAAUUAUCGUGCUGGUUGCUUCAAGUGGUGGGCUAGAAAAAAGAUGCAUAUUCAUAAAUGUCAAACAUAUUGUAAUUAGUGAGGCCAACUUUCUGGUGUCUUUCACUCCUACUGAGAGAAAAUGAAGUCAUACCAUAUCCACGGAAUAUAACUACAGGGUAUUUAUACAAUGUCAGCCCGAUUCUAUUGAUUA